AUGUCCACCUCGGUGCCAGCGGCCGCCCAGGCCAAGGCCUUCCCUGAUGGCACGACGGAUUACAAGCCUCUGCGAGGCUCUUCCGCCAAAGCCGAUCUCAACAAAGUUCACAUUUCCGAUCAACCUAUGACCUGGUCAAAUUGGCAUCAGCACGUCAACUGGCUGAACACAACCUUUAUCGUCUUCAUCCCCAUUCUGGGCCUGAUCUCAUGUUUCUGGGUCCCUCUGAAGCUCAACACGGCCAUCUUCUCAGUUGUCUACUACUUCAACACCGGUCUUGGUAUCACUGGAGGAUAUCACCGUCUCUGGGCCCACAGCUCAUACAAGGCCACCACUCCCCUCAAGAUCUACCUCGCUGCCGUCGGCGCUGGCGCCAUGGAGGGCUCUAUCCGCUGGUGGUCUCGGGACCAUCGCGCUCACCACAGAUACACCGACACCGUCAAGGAUCCCUACUCCGUCCGCAAGGGUCUUCUCUACUCUCAUCUUGGCUGGAUGGUUUUCAAGCAGAACCCCAAGAACACUGGUCGUACCGAUAUCACCGACCUCAACGAGGACCCCGUCGUUGUCUGGCAGCACCGCAAUUUCAUCAAGUGUGUGCUGUUCAUGGCCCUCAUCUUCCCUACCGCCGUCUGCGGUCUUCUCUGGAACGAUUGGCUUGGUGGAUUCGUCUACGCCGCUAUUCUCCGCGUCGCUUUCGUCCAACAAGCCACCUUCUGCGUCAACUCCCUUGCUCAUUGGCUCGGUGACCAGCCUUUCGACGACCGCAACUCACCCCGUGACCACGUCAUCACCGCCCUCGUCACCCUCGGUGAGGGAUACCACAACUUCCACCACGAGUUCCCAUCUGAUUACCGUAAUGCUAUUGAGUGGUGGCAGUGGGAUCCCACCAAGUGGUCCAUCACCUUCUGGAAGUGGCUCGGUCUCGCCUACGACCUCAAGCAGUUCCGCGCCAACGAGAUUGAGAAGGGACGUGUUCAGCAGCUCCAGAAGAAGCUCGACCAGAAGCGAGCCACCCUCAACUGGGGAACCCCCCUCGAGCAGCUCCCUGUCAUUGGCUGGGACGACUUUGUUGAGGAGGCCAAGAAUGGAAAGGCUCUUGUUGCCAUCGCUGGUGUCAUCCACGAUGUCACUGACUUCAUCAAGGAUCACCCUGGUGGCAGAGCCCUGAUCAAGUCUGCUAUUGGCAAGGAUGCCACCGCCAUCUUCAACGGUGGUGUCUACUACCACUCCAACGCCGCUCACAACCUUCUGUCUACCAUGCGCUACGGUGUCCUCCGUGGCGGAUGUGAGGUUGAGAUCUGGAAGCGCGCCCAGUUCGAGAACAAGGACGUUACCUAUGUCAAUGACUCUGCUGGCCAGCGCAUCAUUCGAGCUGGCAACCAGGUUACCAAGGUGACCCAGCCUAUUGGCAGCGCCGAUGCUGCUUAA